AGAAAAAGACACAUACCUGCUUUUUUGCAUUUUCCUUGUUGAGUUCCCAGUUCUGCUCAAUUCUUCUCUUACCUCUCUGCUCUGUAUCCAUACUCUCAUGGCUAUUCGCAAUGUUCUCAACAGAAAAUUCCUCAACCAGAGCUCCGUUACCGGAGCUAGAUUCAUGUCUUCGUGGUUCAGAAACAUCGAACAGGCUCCCAAGGAUCCGAUCCUCGGAGUUACCGAAGCUUUUCUCGCUGAUCAGAGUCCUAACAAAAUCAAUGUUGGAGUAGGUGCAUAUCGCGAUGACAACGGAAAACCAGUGGUUUUGGGAUGUGUUAGAGAAGCAGAGAAGAGAAUUGCAGGAAACCAAUUCAUGGAGUAUCUUCCUAUGGGUGGAAGCUUACAUAUGGUUCAAGAAUCACUGAAGCUGGCAUAUGGAGAGAACUCUGAGUUCAUCAAGGAUAAAAGAAUAGCUGCAGUUCAGGCUUUAUCAGGGACUGGUGCAUGUCGACUUUUUGCCGCAUUUCAACAGCGCUUUCAUCCCAACUCUCAAAUUUAUAUACCAGUUCCCACUUGGUCCAACCACCAUAACAUUUGGAGAGAUGCUGGAGUGCCUAUAAAGACAUUCCGUUACUAUCAUCCCGAGUCUAAAGGACUGGAUUUUUCUGGACUGCUGGAGGACAUUAAGAAUGCUCCCAGUGGUUCCUUCUUUUUGCUUCAUGCUUGUGCUCACAAUCCUACUGGGGUAGAUCCUUCAGAAGAACAAUGGCGAGAGAUCUCUUCCCAAAUAAAGGCUAAAGGUCAUUUCCCUUUGUUUGACAUGGCAUAUCAAGGUUUUGCUAGUGGCAAUCCAGAAAGAGAUGCAAAAGCCAUCAGGAUUUUCCUCGAUGAUGGUCAUUCAAUAGGACUUGCCCAAUCAUUCGCAAAAAAUAUGGGACUGUAUGGCCAGAGAGUAGGAUGCCUUAGCUUGCUUUGCGAAGAUGAAAAACAAGCUGUGGCAGUAAAAAGCCAGUUGCAGUUGAUUUCCAGACCCAUGUACAGUAAUCCACCUCUUCAUGGAGCACUUGUUGUUUCAACUGUCCUUGGUGAUCCAGAGUUGAAGAAGCAAUGGCUCACAGAAGUUAAGGUUAUGGCUGACCGCAUCAUUGGAAUGAGGACUGCACUACGAGAGAACUUGGAAAAUCUAGGGUCUCCUUUGCCAUGGAACCACAUAACCAAUCAGAUUGGCAUGUUCUGCUACAGCGGUAUGACACCAGAGCAAGUUGAUCGUUUGACAAGCGAGUUUCACAUUUACAUGACUCGCAAUGGCCGUAUAAGUAUGGCUGGUAUUAAUUCGGGCAACGUUGGAUAUAUCGCUAAUGCUAUCCACGAGGUUACAAAAUCAGCUUAGACUAGACUGGUAAUUCAGUUAAGCAGCGUACCAAAUUUUUGUCCUUGGAAACAACAAACACCUCAGAGAUAGUACUUAUUGGAGGGAGCAUAAUAAAAUAUGGGAACUUGUAACAAUAUGCAAAUUCAUAUCGGUUGAUUUGCAAUUCAAAAGAUUGACUAAUUUGAGAAGAAGAUUGAACAAGAGGUUUCAUUGAUGAUUAUUCCUCAACAUUUUUAUUAUUAUUGGAUUUGAAUCUUUA